AAGAACGGAGGGCACGGCGGUGUCGGAGUUGUUAAGCCCGGACCGUGAUCCUAGAAAACAGAGCCGAGUGACCAUGGCGGGCUACCUGCAGACCCUGAGGACCGCGUCGAGGAUUGUAGCCGCCGGGCUGCCGCUGAACCCCGCGGUGGUCUCACCUGCCGCCGCCUGCAGCCACUCACCGCCGCGGAGGAAGUAUGCCACAGCACGCAUCAAGGUGGAGCAGCCGGUGGUGGAGAUGGAUGGUGAUGAGAUGACGCGUAUCAUUUGGGAGUUCAUCAAGGAAAAGCUCAUCCUGCCCAACGUGGAUGUCCAGCUGAAGUAUUUCGACCUGGGCCUGCCCUACAGAGACCACACCGACGACCAGGUCACUAUCGACUCCGCUCUGGCCACUAAGAAAUACAAUGUAGCUGUCAAAUGUGCCACCAUCACCCCUGAUGAGGCUCGAGUUGAGGAGUUUAAGCUGAAGAAGAUGUGGAAAAGUCCUAACGGCACCAUCAGGAAUAUCUUGGGAGGCACUGUUUUCCGAGAGCCGAUCCUUUGUAAAAACAUUCCCCGUCUGGUCCCUGGCUGGACUCAACCCAUCACCAUUGGCAGACAUGCAUUCGGCGAUCAGUACAGAGCCACCGACUUUGUUGUCAACCAACCUGGAAAGUUUAAGAUGGUGUUUUGUCCGGCUGAUGGAAGCAAGCAGCUGGAGUGGGAGGUGUAUGACUUUGAGGACGGGGGCUGCGGAAUGGGGAUGUACAACACCGACGACUCCAUCACUGGGUUUGCUCACAGCUGCUUCCAGUAUGCCAUCCAGAAGAAGUGGCCUCUGUACAUGAGCACCAAGAACACCAUCCUCAAGGCCUACGACGGCCGGUUCAAAGACAUCUUUGAAGAGAUCUUUGAGAAGAAUUACAAGCAGGAGUUUGCCAACCUGAAGAUCUGGUAUGAACACCGGCUCAUCGACGACAUGGUGGCCCAGGUCCUGAAGUCCUCCGGAGGGUUCGUUUGGGCCUGUAAGAAUUAUGACGGCGAUGUGCAGUCGGACAUUCUGGCUCAGGGUUUCGGCUCCCUGGGACUCAUGACGUCAGUGCUGGUGUGUCCCGAUGGGAAGACCAUCGAGGCGGAGGCGGCUCACGGCACCGUCACCAGACACUACAGAGAACACCAGAGAGGAAGACCAACCAGCACCAACCCCAUCGCCAGCAUCUUUGCCUGGACCAGAGGUUUGGAACACAGAGGAAAACUGGACGGGAAUCCUGAUUUGAUAAAGUUCUCCCAGACUCUAGAGAAAGUGUGUGUGCAGACAGUGGAGAGCGGUGUGAUGACCAAAGACCUGGCAGGCUGCGUCCACGGCUUGGCUAACUGCAAGCUAAACACACAUUACGUCAACACGUCGGACUUCCUGGACGCCAUCAGGACAAACCUGGACAAAGCUCUGGGCAAAUGAAGAGCAGUCAGAAGUCACAGCUGCCAGCGUAGUGGGACCAAUUCCUGUUUGUAGAUUUUGAAUCUUGUUUUUACCCUCUUUUUAUACAAACCUUUGUAUAUUCCUGAAAGAAGCACAUUUUCUGUAUUUCAUGCCUUUCUUAUGGUUUCAUAGCUCACCAUUUAUUUUUUUUUUUUUGCUGUGUUUGUGGGUCUCUGCUUUUCCAGCUGCCAGUUUUAUAUUUGCACAAACUGAGUAAUCGGACUGUAUGAAUUAAUGUUAAUGGCAAUGUUAACUUAUGUCAUUUAGUUUCAGGCUUUCAGUUUGAAUUAGAGCAUAUCCUCAGGGAACAGUAUGUAAAAUUGAGUCAGUAAUUUACAGACAUUACUAAUGACUUGAUAACA